AUGGCUUCCACAAUCUUGCUCAAAGGUGGCACACUCCUCAUCCACAAUGAAAACGAUCAUGUCGUCCCGACCAAGGCCGACCUCCUGAUUGCUGGCAAUAUCAUCUCCUGCAUCGCGCCAGAAAUCUCCGACAAAGGUGUUGGAGAAGUGAUUGACUGUACUGAUAAAAUUGUCAGCCCCGGGUUCAUCGACUGCCAUCAGCACGUCUGGCAGACACAGCUGAAAGGCCGACAUGCCGACGAGACAUUCUUGGAGUACAUGCCUACCGGGAACCUGCAAUCUUCCCACUAUACCCUCUCCGACUUUUACUGGGGCCAGCUAGGCGGCUGUCUCGAGCUUCUCAAUGCUGGCACAACCACGGUCCUCGACCAUGCGCACUUGAACACUUCUCCUGAAGCCUCGCCCACCGCCAUCUCCGCAACCCUUACCUCUGGCAUCCGCUCCAUCUUCGCCUACACCCCAAUCAACCAAGUAGCCUCCUGGGAGCCCACUCUGACCUUCUCUACCUCCCCGGAUGGCUCCAUGCUCGCGCCCUGGGUCCUCGAAACCUUCAACUCACUUGCCUCACGCUCCCCCUUCGGCCCAGGCGAUGGGCGCGUAACCCUCGGCCUUGCCUUUGACGGCUGGUUCCUCCCCGAAGAAGCCUGCCGCCCGCUCUUCGCCGCGGCACGCCAGCACAACAUCCACCUGCUGACGACGCACUUCGUCCGCAACGCCAGCCAAGCCGACCACUCACUGCCUGCACACCUCCAAUCCUGGGGCCUCCUCCCCAAAAACGAAGCCACCGCAACCGCAUCCUCCUCCUCUUCCUCACCCCACGCCUUCCCCUCGGUCGUCUUCUCCCACUCCAACGGCGCCACGGCCGACGACAUCCGCAUCAUGAAAGCCAGCGGCAGCCACCUCGCCAGCACGCCGAGCACGGAGCUACAGAUGGCGCUGGGGCGGCCACUAGCCUUCUCUUCCUCCUCCUCCGAAGUCGACGCAUUCCCAAUCGCGUGCGCCGGCAACGACUGCCACGCGGCGGGCGCGGGCAGCAUCGCGGGCGAGCUGCGGCUGGGCCUGCAGGCGGCGCGCGGCGAGCGCAACCAGCGCUUCCUCGACGCCGGCCGCGUGCCGCGCCGCGUCUGGCGCUCCGUCGAGGACGCCUUCAACCUCGGCACCGUGCACGGCGCGCGCGCGCUCGCGCUCGACGGCGUCGCCGGCCGCCUGCGCGAGGGCUGCAAGGCUGACGUCGUCGUCUGGGCCGGCACCAGCCCGGCCAUGGUGUGCGCGGCGCAGGAGGACCCCGUCGCGGCGAUCGUACUGCAUUCGAGUCCGCAGGACGUCGAGGCGGUGGUGGUGGAUGGGGUGGUGAGGAAGAGGGGUGGGCGGUUGGUGGAUGUGGUGGUGGAGGAGGAUGCGAGGGGCCUCGUGGGGAAGGAGAGGGUGGCGUGGGGUGAUGUGGCGAAGGAGCUAGUGAAGAGCAGGGCGGCGUUGAAGAAGAAGUGCGAGGGGACGGAUUUCGAGGCGGCUAAGAAGGUGUUGAUGGAUGCCUGGUAUAUCGACGGGUCGAAGAUUGUGGAUGAGGUUUAG